UCCACCUAAGAGAGAUAGUGAGAUCUAUGUAUCUGCCGACGUACCUAUGGUCGCAGAGUUCAAGAAAAGGAGAGCCUCGUCUAUAUUCCAGAGUUGACUGCCACCUUGUAGGACCUGUAGCUCAUACACGAUUGAGGGAGAGAGCGAACGAGAGAGCAACUAGGAAUCAUCUUCUACUAAUAAACCUCUGGUCCUUAUUACCCCCCCCUGCGGAGUCCCGCUCCUUCAUCCCUCCUUCUAGCAAGCACUUUUUUUCUCACACACUCUCUCUUCCUCUGCAAUUCUUUUAGUAGCCAUUUAUCCGUCGACCUUCGUCUCAAGAAUGGUGGUGGCAAAGAAACCAAGAAUCGUGAUCAUUGGAGCAGGAAUGGCUGGCCUGGCUGCAGCAAACAGGCUUUACGCCCACGCUGGCUCCGCGAACCUGUUUGAGCUCAGCAUAGUGGAAGGUAGCGAUAGGAUAGGAGGGAGGAUCUAUAGCUCGGAGUUUGGAGGUGACAGAGUAGAGGUUGGUGCUACCUGGAUUCAUGGCAUAGGAGGAAGCCCAGUAUACAACAUAGCGCAGCAAGCGCAGGCCCUUCAUUCUGAGAUCCCAUGGGAGAGAAUGGAUGGAUAUCCAGACAAGGAGAUAACCAUUACAGAAGAUGGGUCCACUGCAGACCCUUCUCUCCUCAGCUCCAUUUCAAUGCUUUACAGAGGACUCAUGGAUUUUGCUGGGGAGAGGAAGAUAUUUAAUGAUACUGGUGUUGACCAUAAGAUUAGAAUUGCAGAGAUGGCUGCCGAGAGAUGCAGGAGCAAUGGGUUCUCUAAGAAUGGGGUGAGCAUAGGUUCCUUUCUACGCUGUGGAUUGGACUUGUACUGGUCCUCGAUGGACACUGAGGCACAGAAAGACCUGCGCAAGAUUGAGGAGGAUGUCUUUGCCAUGCAUGAAAAUACAGAGCGCACCUAUACCUCCGCUGAUGAUUUGACGGAACUAGAUUUUGAGGCAGAGAGUGAGUACAGAGAGUUCCCAGAUGAAGAGAUCACUAUAGCCAAGGGGUACUCUACUGUUGUCCAUUCAUUGGCAUCUAUCCUCCCUUCUGGUUGCAUACAAUUGGGCAGGAAGGUGGAGAAGGUGGUGUGGACGAAGGAUCCAACCGAGCUAGCGAAGGAUUCCCAUUACCCCGUUUCUGUGUGGUGCAGUGAUGGAAGUGUGAUACUUGCUGACCAUGUUAUUGUAACUGUUUCAUUAGGUGUCCUCAAGGCCGAGACAGUAACUAAUUCUGCAGGUAUGUUCAGCCCUCCUCUGCCUUUGUUCAAGAAAGAAGCAAUCUCCAAACUGGGUUUUGGAGUAGUGAACAAGCUUUUUCUGCAACUAGAGCCAUCUUUGUCUGUGGACGACGGCGAGGGCUUCCCCUGCCUGCAAAUGGUUUUUGAUCAAAAGAAGUUGAGAGAGAAACAGAAUCACGAUUGCGGAAUCCCAUGGUGGAUCAAGAAGACAGUUUCCUUCUGUCCUAUACAUAAGAACUCCAAUGUUGUUCUUUCCUGGUUUGCUGGUAAAGAGGCUUUGGAGAUGGAGUCCCUUAGUGAUGAUGAGAUCAUCGAUGGUGUUUCCACAACACUAUCCUGUCUUACUCUCAACUCCCAUAAACAGUGCCUAAAGGAGAAUGAGCGUCAACUUGGCAAGCUUCGCAAUGCCAAGAUUGCAAAAUUGUUGCGUAGCAGAUGGGGAACGGACCCAUUGUUCAGAGGUUCCUAUAGCUAUGUAGCUGUAGGUUCAAGUGGGGAAGACAUGGAUUUGUUAGCAGAGCCAUUGCCUAAGAUGCCUAGAGAUAAUUACGUCCCCUCUGGUUCACCUCUGCAACUUCUGUUUGCAGGAGAAGCAACACACAGGACUCAUUAUUCCACCACCCAUGGAGCCUACUUCAGUGGUAUAAGAGAAGCAAGCAGACUCCUUCAACACUAUGGUUGGGCAGGAGCUCCCUGAAGCAGGUGAAGAGACGACAGCAAAAGACCAAAACUUUCAUUUUUGUUUUUCUUACUAUUGCUGUUUAUUCAAGUAACUAGUUUCCAAUGUUUUGUACUCUUGGCUCUCCAUCUUUUGCGCGAUUACUUGAGAUGGAAAAAGAUGGAAAAAGCGAGAGAACUAGUGUACUGGACCAAUUGUUAGUGAAGCUUAAUUCUUCAA